GUUAGGUUAGGUCAUAAUUUGCUCCAAAAUUGAUGAAAAUAAAUUGUUUUCAAGUCACUAAUUCAUGUAUUAAUUGAUUAUUUUUGUUCAAAGUAAUUGAUUUCAUGUGAAUUAGACGCGGAUUUACUAAUUAAAGAUUAAAAUUUGUUUGGAAAUAUGAUUAUCGAUUUCUUGCUGAGUUGCGACAAUUUGCCGCUAGUGGCGCUAUUCCCGUCGUGGAUUUCAUGCGUCAAUGGCGUCGAUUGUGCAAUCAAUGGUAGGAAAAAAGUAAUCUUAAUGAAUCCUAUUAAAAAGUCACCUAAAUACAUUAAAUUUGUGUCGAAAAUUAUAUUUAUACUAUUCCGGGGCAAUAUAUCGGAUUAUUUCGGAAGAUUUCGUCACUUUUAAAAGAUUAUAUAUGAAGGAGGUUGUAUAGUCAGUCUGUAAAAUCGAAAGAUUUUUUCAGUAGUUCCGGAUGUUUUUGGUCAGACGAGAAGCAACCAGACGAUUUGGAAUACAGAUUGUGUCUGUAUCUUAAAGAGAGGAUGUUUUUGGUCUGUGGCCUUUCAUGUGGUCACAGAAGUGCAAUCAAGAGUCAAGAAUCUUUGGAAGUGGAUCAAAAGGGCGGUGAUGAUGUGGUAGGAUCCCAUCGCCACAACGUGGGACGCCUCAACUGAAUUAUGAGUCAAAUUUAAUUUCUGGAUCCUUUGAGGGAAGAAGAUCGUGAUGGCUUUGUUUGGGAUCAUCAAUAAAAUAUUCGACACCAUUCUCUGUAUGCACCUUUGAAUAUCGGCAAUAUGAAGUUUCAUGUUGCCGAACAACUGAAGGAACCACAUUUUCCUUAAGCAAUGGACGAUCAGGAGUUUCGUGAGUUUGCCAAAGCCAUGGUCGAUUAUAUUGCCGACUAUAAUGAAAAUUUGCGAGAGAGAAAUGUAUUGCCAAAAGUAGAGCCAGGAUAUUUGAGUGAAAUGAUACCAAAUGAAGCGCCACGUAGAGCAGAAUCCUGGCAGGAUGUUCUCAAGGAUGUUGAACGUGUCAUUAUGCCUGGUAUUACACAUUGGAAUUCGCCGCGAUUUCACGCUUAUUAUCCAACCGCAAAUUCAUAUCCUGGAAUUGUUGGAGAAAUGUUGAGUGCAGGUAUUGGUUGCAUUGGAUUUUCCUGGAUUUCAUCGCCGGCUUGUACGGAACUCGAAGUGAUUACAAUGAAUUGGUUGGGGAAAUUAUUGGGUUUACCUGAGGAAUAUUUAAAUUCUAGUGAAGGUCCAGGUGGCGGUGUCAUUCAGGGAUCUGCGAGUGAAGCUACUUUAGUCGGAUUAUUAGCUGCCAGAGAGAGAACCGUAAGACGUGUUAAAAGUUUGCAUCCAGAGUGGGACGAGGGUACUAUAAGAUCCAAGCUGGUGGCAUACACAUCCGAUCAAUCGAAUUCCUCGGUGGAGAAGAGCGGUCUUUUGGGAGCAAUGCCCAUGAGGUUACUACCAACGGAUGAUAAGUGCAGUUUACGUGGAUCCACUUUAUUGGAUGCUAUCAAGAACGACACGAAUGCUGGACUCAUUCCCUGUUAUGUUGUCGCUACUUUAGGAACUACCGGCACUUGUGCUUUCGAUAAUCUCAAUGAACUUGGUCCAAUUUGUAAUGAUAAUUAUUUAUGGUUGCAUGUUGACGCCGCCUAUGCUGGUGCAGCUUUCGUAUGUCCAGAAUAUAGAUAUUUGAUGUCAGGUGUACAAUAUGCAGAUUCUUUUAAUUUCAAUCCCCAUAAGUGGAUGCUUGUUAAUUUUGAUUGCUCGGCCAUGUGGGUGAAAAAUUCAAAUUGUCUGAUUGACGCCUUCAAUGUGGACAGGAUUUAUUUGGCCCACGAUAAACAAGGAUUGGCUCCAGACUAUAGGCAUUGGCAAAUUCCCCUUGGACGACGUUUUCGAGCCCUGAAACUUUGGUUUGUUCUGCGACUAUAUGGAGUUGAGGGUCUUCAAAAACACAUUCGUCACACGAUAAAAUUAGCAAAAAUUUUUGAAAAUCUUGUCAAAUCAGAUAGUCGUUUUGAAAUUGUUACUGAAGUAUCAAUGGGUCUUAUUUGCUUCAGAAUGAAGGGCGACAAUAAUUUAACGAGACAACUAUUGGAUCGUUUAUCGGCAAGGAAGAAAAUUUACAUUGUUGCAGCGACAUAUAGGGAAAAAUUAAUAGUGAGAUUUGUGGUGUGCAGUCGAUUUAGUAAAGAGGAAGACAUUCACUUUGCCUGGAAUGAAAUUAUCAGUGAGGCCUCAGAAAUUGUACAGAAUUUUAAACCCACUUUGAAGAUUUCAAUUUUAGAUGAUGAACCAAUGACCAAAGAAAAUGGGGACAGAGUGACAAAAUUCGAGGGCCUUAAAAUUGAUUCUGAAAAAGAGCCGCCAACAAUUUCCUGAAUAAAUGGAAACAAAAUUUUCCCAGCGUAAUAAUAAUUGUGACAAAUUGAAGUAUUAAUUUUUUUAAAAUGAAAAUUUUUCAGAGCAAAUAAUAAUUGACAAAAUGAAGUAUUAAUUUUUUUUUGUUAUUAAAAAACGAAUCAGUUUUUUUAAUUUU